UUCUCGGGGGGCAGCGACUGCGUUCGGUACAGCCAGCAAAUGGUACGGCGCAGCUCCGUCGGUCGUUCUGGGACAGCCGCGUCGGGUUUCGCUCAGUCUACCUGAGGGAGUUUAAAGUGCACUAAAAAAAACGGCUGGGUGUCUUUCUUUUCGUUCCUAUUUUUUUUUUGUGCGUGUGUUUUUCUCUCCCCCCCCCCCCCUGUAGUGUGGAUUUGCGAUGGAUGCUCCGCUUUUAAGAGGCGCGAUUUGAACAAACCCAAAACGCGCACAGGGAGGCUUCGGAAAAGUAAGCGCUCGUAUAUCUUGUUAUUUUUGAAAGGAGCGCCCCCCCCCCUCCCACCACCACGCGACUGAACGGCUUUGGAGAGCCGUAUCUUAUGGAUUACUAAAGGAGCGAGCUACGCCACCGACUCCGAGGCUUAUAUCUUAUUCAUGAGCUGAAGGCUGAAGUAAAUCCAGUGUCGAGGACCAGUAGCAGCAGCAGCAGCAGCAGCAGCAGCGUUGGUGCGACCAUGAGGUCGGAGGCCUUAUUGCUCUACUUCACGCUACUGCAAAUAGCUGGGGCGGGCUUCCCCGAAGACUCAGAGCCCAUCAGUAUUUCACAUGGCAACUACACAAAGCAAGAGCCGGUGUUGACAAAGGCCUGCCAGGCCUCUGUACUCAGGACGUCUGAGGGACGUCUCACCACUUGGCUGUCUCUUAUCUCUACUGGAACUCUGAGCAGAGCUCUGGACCCCUCAGGGCCCUGGAACACUUCGGCCCAUGAGAGUCCUGUCAGCAGGAUGAUCUCCGUGCACCUCUCUCUCCAUUGCAGGGAUCACAUAUACACAGUGGACACAGACACCGCCAACAGUGAGGAGAUCUUUUUCAGUAAGAAACUCACGUGGAAGUCCAGGCAAGCGGACGUGGACACUUGCAGAAUGAAGGGGAAGCAUAAGGACGAGUGUCAUAAUUUCAUCAAGGUCCUGCUGCAGCAAAACGAUGACACCUUGUUUGUGUGUGGAACGAAUGCCUUCAACCCCUCCUGCCGAACAUACAAGAUGGACUCCAUGGAGGCUCUGGGAGAGGAGAUCAGUGGGAUGGCACGCUGCCCGUAUGAUGCCAAGCAUGCCAACGUUGCUCUUUUUGCUGAUGGCAAGCUGUACUCGGCCACAGUCACAGACUUCCUUGCGAUCGAUGCAGUCAUCUAUCGCAGCCUCGGAGACAGCCCGACUCUGCGCACCGUCAAACAUGACUCCAAAUGGCUGAAAGAGCCCUACUUUGUCCAGGCGGUUGAUUACGGUGACUUCAUCUACUUCUUCUUUCGGGAAAUUGCUAUGGAGUACAACACAAUGGGAAAGGUGGUGUUUCCGCGGGUGGCUCGAGUUUGUAAGAAUGACCGCGGUGGCUCGCAGCGGGUUCUUGAGAAACAAUGGACUUCUUUCCUCAAGUCCCGCCUUAACUGCUCCAUCCCCGGUGACUCCCACUUCUACUUCAACAUCCUGCAGGCUGUGACAGAUGUCAUUCACAUCAACGGGCGGGAUGUGGUGAUGGCAACCUUCUCCACGCCCUACAACAGUAUUCCAGGCUCGGCGGUGUGUGCAUACGAUAUGGCAGAGGUAGCCAACGCGUUCACGGGGCGUUUCAAAGAGCAGAAAUCUCCAGACUCCACCUGGACACCUGUUCCCGAGGAGAAGGUUCCCAAGCCAAGGCCUGGCUGUUGUGCUGGUACUCCAUCCAUGGAGAGAUACAAGGUGUCCAACGAGUUUCCCGAUGACACGCUCAACUUCAUUAAGAUGCAUCCUCUGAUGGACGAGGCUGUGCCCUCCAUUGCUAACAGGCCCUGGUUCCUCAAGACCAUGGUCCGGUAUCGUCUGACGCGCAUCGCGGUGGAUAACGCAGCAGGUCCCCAUAAGAACCAGACUGUGGUCUUCCUGGGAUCGGAGAAAGGCAUCAUCCUGAAGUUCUUGGCCAAGAUGAACAGCGGCUUUCUCAAUGACAGCCUGUUUCUGGAGGAGCUCAGUGUCUACAAUCCGGACAAGUGCAGUAUAGACGGCGUGGAGGACAAGCGCAUCAUCAGCAUGCAGAUAGACAGCCAGAGCCACUCUCUGUGGGUAGCCUUCACCUCCUGUGUGGUUAAGGUGCCACUAUCUCGCUGCGAAAGGCACGGUAGAUGCAAGAAGUCCUGUAUCGCCUCCAGAGACCCAUACUGUGGUUGGGUGUCAGAGGGAGCCUGCAGAGAGGUGGUUCUCGACACAAAAUCAGCCUUUGAGCAGGACGUGGAGCAUGGCAACACAGAUGGCCUGGGAGACUGCCAAAAUACCUUUGUGGCCCUGAACGGCCACCACCAUCACCACCACCACACCCUCCCAUUCCCCACCUCCGCCCUGCCCGAGGCCGCAGAGGGGCCCCUGGGGCGGGGCCGCAUGGUGGAACGCAAGGAGCCCCCCAUGAGCUCAGACAAAGGGGAGGACCCGUACAUGGCCGUGCCCUCUCAGACUCAGCCUGAUGUCAAUGGUGUGAUCCGAGAGAGCUACCAGAAGGGCCGUGACCAGCUAGUUCCCAUCACCCUGUUGGCUAUCGCUGUCAUCCUGGCCUUUGCCAUGGGGGCCAUCUUUUCUGGCAUCAUCGUCUACUGCGUCUGUGACCACCGCCGCCGAGACAUCGACCUGACGGGCCACAAGGAGAAGGACGGCCACCACCUGCACUCCCGCCGUGGAUCCAUGAAUAGCGUGACCAAGCUGACAGGCCUGUUUGAGACGCAGGCCAAAGAUGGACGCCCCGAGGCCAUCCUCACCCCUCUGAUGCACAACGGUAGGCUGACGCCAAACGGGAAGAUGCUCAUCAAAGCAGACCAGCACCAUUUGGACCUGGCUGCCCUCCCCACACCAGAAUCGACCCCUAUGCAGCCUCGACGCAAGCCCAGCCGGGGCAGCCGUGAAUGGGAGAGGAACCAGAAUCUCAUCAAUGCCUGUACGAAGGACAUGCCACCCAUGGGCUCUGCAGUUAUCCCCACUGACCUGCCUUUGAGGGCCUCUCCAGGCCACAUCCCCAGCGUGGUGGUUCUCCCACUCCCACAGCACCAGCACCAACUUCAGCCGCACCUCCAACAGCACCAGCAGGCUUUCCAGCACGAGUAUGUGGAGCAGCCCCACCGCAGUGACCGUGUCCUGGGUCACAAUCCCCUGGAUGACCAGGGGGCCACGCUGGAGUACAAGACGGUGAAGAGCCCAUGUCACAGCCUCACCAUGGUGGAUCCCGAUGGGGUGCUCCCACCGCGUGUGCCCCAGCGAGAGGCCUCCCUCACCAUCCCCCCCGCCGUGCCCCAGAUGGGCAAACGCCUGGAGGUCCACUCAUCGGUCUACGGGCUGCGGAAAGGCUCGGCGUCCUCCGCAUCAGGGUCCUCCGGCCUCAAGAAGCAUAACACCAACUCGUCUAACUCCUCCCACCUGGCGCGACAUCACAGCUUCAACCGCGUGGAGACCCCACCCCCGGCGCCUCAGAGGGUGGACUCCAUAAACAUGACGGUGCAGGGCAUGUCCCUGUCGCGGCAGCCCGGGAUGAGCUCGUACGGUUCACUGCCUCGAACGGGGAUCAAACACCUAAAGCCAGACAUCCCGCCCAAACCCUCCAUAGUCUCGCUCUCCACAAAAGUCAAGUCCAGUGACUCCUGCACAUAGUCGGUUAGUCCGCCAGCCAGUCCGAAGCGAAAGGACGAGAAGUGAAAGGCAUUUUUUGAAAGAAAGAAAUAAACGGGGAACACAACUUGCAUCUCCUUUUAGUCUUUUUUUGUCGAUGUACAGCGCGGUGGAAACACGCAACUCACUUUUUCUAAGGAAACGUUUUCUUUUUAUAUAAAUAUGUAAAUAUUCUACAGAUGGUUGCCGUUGUUUGCUUGUCGCCACCGUUUGAGCUCGGGGCUCUGGCUGGCUCCCAGUUCCUCUGUAAACACACAUGGAAACACUUGCUACUGAAACAGAAGAAGAUGGUGCUUGUCCUGAAUAUGUCAUCCAAUGGCAGCACGUAUCCCCCCUGUAGCGUCUGAGAUGGCGGCGCUCUGUCCAUUCUGGUCUCCCACCGGCCAGCGGGACUUGACUGAUGUUUUCUUUUUCUUCGUCGAACGGCUAUGAGCACACAGGAAGGCAGUGUGGAGGCGUGGGGAGUUAUGGUGUACAGUACCGUGAGGGCGGCCGGGGCGCAGGCCAAACGCGCACGCGGACCCAGAGAGCGGGGCUGGGACUGGAAGGACAUGGGCUGGGACUGGAAGGACAUGGGCUGGGACUGGAAGGACAUGGGCUGGGACUGGAAGGACAUGGCAGCGGUUGAGGAGUUUACAUAGGAAACUGUGAAAGACCUCCGCGUUGACGGCUACACGGGGACACAUCAAUCAAGUCCUGCCCCCCCCCCAGUCUGACCGCAAGCCCGGGGCCAGAAGAAUCUUCUACUGUACUGGUUGCUGAAUAACACAUGACUGUUAAUACUAAUAACUUGUAUUUAUUUUUGUUAAGUGCUUUUGAAAGAAAACAACAACAACAAAAGACUGACUUUUUAGGCUCGGCGAGGGAGGAAAAAGAAGGACGCGGGAGAGAUCUUUUAUUAAUAAAUCGAGUGUACAAAUUUUUUUUAUUUAAAGUCAUUAAACUGGAGCCAGUAGAACUUUCUUGAUGAUAAAAAGUCCUCGAGGUCUUACUGUGGGCUCAGUGGGACCCUGGGGCUGUGCAGCUUGAGGUGUACGUUACCUCCGGGUAGGGGGGGGGGGAGAUAUUUAUUUAAACUGUGCCAGACAGGGACUUUCACCUUCAUGGACCAGGAUCUCCUUUUUGUUUUAGACCAAUCAGAAAAAAAAAAGACUUCCUGAAAAACGCACCCUCUCACUCCUCCAAUGAGCAUCCCCCAAACAGCACUGUGGUUUUGUGUGAGUCAGUAAUGUGUCUCCUGGUUGGUUGCUGGCGUCGCAGCGCCAUCAAUGCUCACUGUUGCAUGUUGCAAAGAAACAAGAGAUGCAGCUGCCGCAACAACAACAACAACAACAACAACAACAUGAAAAACCGCAAACACGUAUUACACAUUGAGAAAAAGAAGCUCGCUGCGAUGGAGCGAUGCCUCCAUCUUGAAACUUGUCAUCUUCUCUAGCUGCAUCACACAGACAAGAAGGCAACAACAACAACAAAAAAAAGUUUAAAAAAAAACAAAACAACAUGUUUAUAUUGCCUGUUUCUCUUCCACAUGUAAAUUUGUGCCUUACACCCUAAAGUAGUGACAAUGUUUUCUUUUCUAGGCGUUAACCUGUCUCCUCGUAGUCUUUUUUUAUUUUCAUUUUUCUUACAUCAUGAUAUUUCCCUGGUUUGAUAAAAAGGCAAUUAAAGAAUGUAGGUGUUCUUGUUGUAAUUCUGGUCCCUAGACAUAACACAUUUACAGUACACGUGGAAGGGAGGUCCCUUUUCCUCAAAACACACACACACACAUGCACACACACACUCACACAAGAGAAACACAUGCACACACACACACGCACAAAUCUUUGUGGUUCAUUUCUGAUUGUGCCAUUAAUGCGCUUAAAGCAACCCUUUAUGUUGUGCUGGCGGUGUCGAUGAUGAUGAUGUUGUUGUGUGUGUGUUUUUAAUUUUCACUUUUAUACAAUUUCAAAGUCCUGCCAUCUGUUUUUACGUUCACCUAUUGCCGUUGGUUUGAUUGCCGUGAUGGUUCGUCGACCGAUUCGUUUUAACGGUUAACGUGUGUAGUCGAGAGGGCCCACGCGGGUCUCGCUGUUGCACUGCAAUAAUAACCUGACAACCACACUAACAAACGUACCCGGUAUGAGAAAAGAAAAAAAUACCACAAAAUAUUAAAAAAGAAGAAGAAGAAAAAAAAACCCCACCCAGUGUACUGACACGGCUGCAGGCUGCAAGUGUUCAUCACGACGCUAGAUUGCAAAGCAGUCGCAGAAACAGGCUGGUUCCUGUGAAGAAGGAGGAUGAAUUAAAACAACAAUAGUUGCAGAUGUACAGUUACCUUAUUUAACCCCUUUUCGUUUUGGUUUAGGGAGACCCGCUUUCAGGAUGUUUACAGAUAUGUUUAACCCUGUAUGUCACUAACGCUCAUUGUCACGGUGUUAGGAACGGCUGAGAAGGCCACCUUUGUGGAAUUGCAAGCCUGUCCAUUUCUUUUUUUUCCCACUCCAACUUUAUUAGGCAAAGAUUUUUAUUGAUCACCUCCCCCACCUCCACCCCCCCCCAACACCCAACUCAACGAAGCACUCCCUUAGUGUUUAUGUGUGUAGAUAGGUAAAGAGCUCUUGAUAUAAAGCAAAUGUUCUUUUUCUCAAUGGAGGAAAGCCAACUCUGUCUCAAGUCUACAGCCGAUAAGAGGGGGGUGUUGCGGUCGGGUGUGUGACCCGCUCCGAGGCGACUACUAUGUGUUAACUCAGCUAAUAUACGUGUGCAACUAACACACGUGUGCAUGUGCAUAGACACUUGCGUUCACUCGCAGGUGACGUUAUCAUGUGCAAUAGAUUAGGUUCGGUCGAAGCGGAAGACAGUGGGGGUGUUGCGUCUUGCGUAACCUGAACAGCAGUCAGAUUUGCAGAUUUCUCCUACCGUUGUUCGACAUUGUGAUCUUUACAGGGUGACGUGACCCCGAGACCAGUGUGUAGGGGCAAAGUCAUAGUUUGCGUUCCCACCAAAGUAAUAUGGACUGGAUCCCUGGACACUACAAAACCCCAUUUACAUUCUGCACUCAGAUGUGUUCAGCAGCACAUGAACCGUCUGAUUUCCCUGGCCCGGGUUACCGCUGGUCUGAGACUAAGGAUUUCUUGCACAGAGGCAUCCGGGUGGCGUGGCGGUCUAUUCCGUUGCCUGCCAACACGGGGAUCGUCGGUUCGAAUCCCCGUGUUACCUCCGGCUUGGUUGGGCGUCCCUACAGACACAAUCGGCCGUGUCUGCGGGUGGGAAGCCGGAUGUGGGUAUGUGUCCUGGUCGCUGCACUAGCGCCCCCCCUGAUUGGUCGGGGCGCCUGUUCGGGGGGGGAGGGGGAACUGGGGGGAAUAGCGUGUUCCUCCCAUGCGCUACGUCCUCCUGGUGAAACUCCUCACUGUAAGGUGAAAAGAAGCGGCUGGUGACUCCACCUGUAUCGGAGGAGGCAUGUGGUAGUCUACAGCCCUCGCCGGAUGGGCAGAGGGGGUGGAGCAGCGACCGGGACGGCUCGGAAGAGUGGGGUAAUUGGCCAAGUACAACUGGGGAGAAAAGGAGGGGGGAUCCAAAAAAAGAAAAAAAGAAGGAUUUCUUGCACAGAAAUGUUGACCUCUCAGCUUGUGGGGCUUGUGCCGCGGAAAUUGUCGUGUCCAUGCAGAAUGUGAAGAUGAAACCCCUCCUCUUUGUCAGCAAAGGUCAGAAUGUUAAAACGUUGGCAUUCCACGUAGACAAGUAAAUGUAGUCAUGAGCGCAUUUCAAACGUUUCAACACGAGGAUUUUGAAGCUAGGGCGAAGUUUAAAGGUCUGAACUGGGCUUGACCGUGAAGGCUGCUGUGGACAGUGAGGUUCUUUGGUGUGUGCCUUUAUGUCUUUCACCCUUGCUAUAAUACACUGCUACUAGAUGCAAACCAAGGCAGACAUUCUCUCUCUCUCUCUCUCUCUCUCUCUCUCUCUCGCUCUCGCUCUCUCACUCUCUCUCUCUCUCUCCUCAACCUUUUGAACUUUGUAAGCUUGUAAGAUAUUGUGAUGUCACAAGGUUUUUUGCCCUACUCUCUCCACAUCCUUAACAUCUGAUUCACAGCUAAAUGUAUGUUGUAAAGAAAAAAAAUGUCUUUAAUUUAAUGCAAAAUGUAAUAAAAAAAGAAAAAAAAAGAAAAUAAAA